AGAAGAGAUUUUCCAUUGAAGCUAAAGAGCGACCGCCUCUUGACGUCACGAAAUGAGGCGGGGUUACAGUUUUAUUUAUUGAUAGUCUACCUAUCUUAACAGGUUGCUGUCAUUUCUAGACACGUCUUGGUCAAUAAUAAUCUAAUUAUAUUUCAGAUACAUCAAUUAGGCAAACAUGCACUUUAACUGUAUUACAUCCUGAAAUAAGACGUAAAAAACAUUUCUGACUAGAUUAGAUUAGAUCUGUAGCUAAGAAUAUUCACACAUAGGGAGAGUAGGCCUAUUUACAGAACGGUCAGAAUUACACCAUUAAUAAUCAGUGGAUUGUUUAUAACAUGUAAAUAUAUCUUCUUAUGUAAUGUUACUUUUUUCAGCUGUGGCUUUCAUUUGAAACAUUUUCAAUGUUAUUUCACCCAAAGCCUGCACACAUGCAGCGACGAGCAUUGGUUGACUUGCAAGGCCCAUCUUCAAUAAUGUCCACAUAAUUGACAGAGCUUCAGGAAAUGGUCAGAGAUGUGAUUUAAUUGCCCAUGCACUCCAAAUGCAUCCAUUAACACAACCCAUGGGAAACUGAGGCAUCCAGCUGUGGUUGAUAGAUGCAUCUUAACUUGAGCCACGGCAAGGAGUGGCUCAGAGGCAUCCCUUCUUCAGCAGACAGAGUCACAACCUUCUAUCCUCUUCUCCUCUACACGGCUCAGAAUCAUCCCUUCUUCAGCAGACACAGUCACAACCUUCUCUCCUCUUCUCCUCUACACGGCUUCUUUUGCUUCCAACAUGCAGGCAAGUGAAUUAUACCCUUAUCAACCUUUGUUUUUCGGAGAGCUUAUUUGCUGUGAUGAAUCAAAUGUAUUUUAAUAUUACCUCAAUAAACUGAUAGUUACUUUAGUUAUUUGCCAGCCUAAUUAAGUUUCAAUUGCACAUUUUAUGUAUUCGAAAUCAAAUAUUGUCAAGUUGUUUUCUCUGGCAAUCGAGAAAAAAGGGGGAGGGGUGUCUGGCUUUAUCGAAUUUGACACUUUGUACUCAUGACGAGCAGUUAUUUGUGUUGAUGACAAACACAUUCCCUGUGCAGAACAUGUCAAAUCUGGAGAAAUCCAUGGUCUCCAUCAUUGAUGUGUUCCACAAGUACUCAGGGCACAAGUGCCACCUGAAAAAGGCUGAUCUCAAGGACCUCAUCAACAAUGAGAUGACUCAUUUUAUCCUGAAAGUCAAGGACAACGAGACGCUUGACCAGCUUUUUACUGACCUCGACCUGAAUGGAGACUUAGAGAUCGACUUCCAGGAGUUCAUAGCCCUUAUCGCCAUGGUGACAUCAGCAUGUCAUGACUUAUUCCCUGAUCAUCAUUAAGGAGAUGCAUGUGUAUAUGUGAU